CCGUAAUAUUCAGGAAAAAAGCUGCCAUAGCUGACUGCAAAAAAAACAUUUUGUCAAUUUUCUCGCGUUUUUUCCCGUUUCCUAGGAUACGACGGUAAUGGCGACAAUCACAUAGUCAGCGGUCCUUCUAACCGUGUCCACCAUUGGAUGCAAGCGACGGUACUAACACGAACAGACAAACAGACAGAAUGACAGACAAGCGGCCGCGAUAACAUAGUCCGCGGUCACUCCCUAUCGUGUCCACGUUCCACCAGCUCCACGUGUCACGAACGCGCGCAUUGGACCUUGCAUCAGAAGCCAGCAUUUAGACAGGAAAAAAUACAGAUUAAAUUUCAUCAUUUUCAAAACGCAAUUACGAUGCAACUGUUCUACCGAUUUCUACACUUCUUGGUAACUUUAAUCUUUUCAUUACUGAUCAGUUUUCGAUAUUAUUUCAAGUUAACAAGACGAAAAAUUCGAGGAGUAUUUUACAGAACUUCGGAGUGUGACAUUAAAAAUGGGGUAGCGACCUUGAGAAGCCUACCGCGUCACCUGACAUUUAUUGUGAUGGAGAAGGAUGUUGACUUGUGUAUUUUAGCAAGGCUGGUUGUCUGGUCUAUUACGGCAGGGAUAUCGUAUAUUAGCAUACAAACUAGUGAGGGUAAGGAAAGAAUUGUGGUCCGAGACAAUGGUCUAUAUAUUCAUUGAAGCGUGACGGUAGCAUAUAUUGUAUUUAAUUAUAGUACUCAAUUAUUUCUGAGAAUGUGAUUGGUCAAAACAGCUGUCAAACUUGUAUAUGUUAUGGAAUGUUUAUAUGGCAAUACGCAAACAAAGCUUCAGGCGAAGUGAAAUGAAACAGGCGUGUGUUUCAACCCUCUUGCCACAACUAUCCUGUGAUGCGAUAGUUGACAUGGCAGCGUCUCUAUGUGCUCACACCGCAGCGUCUCUUUGUACUUUGAUCCCCACAAUUCAGCCAACCUGGUUUGUUAUCCAAGUUGGCCGAAUGGGUAGAUUUCUUAUGGGUGAAUUUCCAUCUGGGCUGCUGAAACCUUGCCUGUUUCAAGUGAGAUCUUACAAGGCGAGAUCUCACAUACCAGGCUAACCUCAUAUAAGCAAUCCCAAGCAGUCUAUAAACGACAUUGGUAUUAAAACAAAGGCAUGUUUAACCUUUCAAUAUUUCACAAGGCUCUCCCCUUGAUGGGUAAAAUUGUCUGGCAUUAGACAGAAUAAAACAAGGAAGUAUGGCACAUGUACAUUGCAGCUAAAUGGGUUAAACUCAACUUAAUUUUGGUUACAGCAGAUACAAAAUGGUAUCUGUACCAAAUGUAUAUGUGUUAGGCUUGUGCUACAAUUGGAGUGCAUUUCUUCACAAUGUAGGUGAUUUGGACAAAAGGAAAACAGAGUUUUAUGGUGAAGUAUAUCAAAUCAGACAAGAGAUGUCUACUUGUGACUAUGAACUUCAUUUCACAGAUAAAGAUUCGGCGGAACAGAAUGGUGUUAAUGGUGCAGGUAUACAAGAUAUAUAUACAGUGUAUGUCAAAAAAUGUAGUUUUGUGACUGGUUGUUAGACAUAAUUCACUGGCAGAUAUUUAGUUUGUUUACCACUGAAGCUUUUAAGGGCUUCAGAAAUCGUAAAUUUCUCUAAGAAUAUUAGAUCUUCAGGAUAUACAUGUUCAACAAAUGUAGUUUUGUGGCUAGCCUUUACGUAUAAUUCAUUGGCAGAUAUUUUAUUUAAGUGCUUCAUAAAUUACUCUAAGGAUAUUAGAUUUUCAAUGUUUAGUUAUAAAAGCAAAACUCCCUCUUUCCCAUGUACCAUACUUGUGUGUUGCUAAUCUUUUGCUGUUUUUUCUUCCAGCACACAAAAGUUUGAGAAAGGUUCAUGUGAAUAUAUUAUCAUAUCAUGAGGGUAAAGAGGAUGUCACAAAAGCUGCUCAAACAUUCUGUACAAAAGUGAAAAAUAAAGAAGCUCAAUCAAAAAUUAUGAAUAUAGAGCAUCUGUCAAAUUUACUAGAAGGUAACAAUAAUUGCCAAAUCAUUGUUGUUGAAGUAAGCGAUACUGAAGAAGAAAAGCACCUGGAAUUAGACAGAGUAGGGUAUAAUAGGGUGCAUUGCCAGCGUGAUGGAUUGGCGGGAUACAUGGAAACAGAGACGGAUCAUAUUUUUGUUUGGGGUGGUGGAUAAAUAGAGAGUUUGAGCAAGACAACGAAGUAAGAAGACGAAGGCAUACUUGACAAUUUUUGCCAUCUGUACAUUAUCUUGCGCAUACUGAGUUGGACGUCGCUGGUGGUUGCACAACUUGUCUUCCCAUGUGUCGCUGUUUUUGAAUACUGACCAUAAUUCUUGCCCUGAUCCAGAAAAAAACAGCGAGACAUGAAACUAUAUCCCGUCUUUGUCCUUCUGCCUUCGUGCAGAACGAAGUUCACAACAAAUUUUGCCAAAAUAUUCGUUGUGAACAAAGGCAGAAGGCAGAAGACGGGAUAUGGAUUCAUGUCUCGCUGUUUUAUCCUGAUCAGGUUAAGGAUUUGGGUCAGCAUUCACAAACAGCUAGACAUGAAUCUCUAAUCUGUCUUCACUCCUGACCCUAAACUCAGAAUGCGCAAGGUAAUGUGCAAGACAGGCAAAAAUUGUCAACCACGUCGUCGUCGUCCGACUUCGUUGUCUUGCUCAAACUCUAAUAUCUGGGGGGUGCUGCUGCUUGCUUUGGCCAGGGCCUGGUGGCAAUGCCCAGAAAGGCCAAGGAAGAAGUUUAACAAAAUUUGUUUAACAAGAUCUGAGACCAUAAUAUUGGUAAUUUUACAAAUUUAGUAGUAAGAAUAAUCAAAUAUGAAACUAUCAUAUCAAAAUAUAUAUAAUUUGCAGGGGUGCAAAAACUUUUGGGGGCGGUGCCAGGCCUGCAUGGAAAGAUUGUCCGCUUAGCACUUUUCCCUAGACGAGUAAAAUUGUCUGGUGUUAGGGUAGAAUAACAUAUUAGAAUGCAUCAGGGUUCACUGCAGCUUAAUAAGUUAAUGUUUAACUUAAAAAUAGGAUAUCUAUAUUAAUUAAUCUAUAAAUCAUAAAAUAAUUUGUUUCAUAUUUCUCUGUUUAGUUAAUAAAGAUUUUCCAGACCCUGAAUUAGCAAUAACAUUUGGCCCUGUAGAUAGCAUUUGUGCUUAUCCUCCCUGGCAGAUACGAUUAACAGAAUUCAUGUAAGUACAUGUUUUUGGCCAAUUCAAGAUGGCACAAUGAUUGGCACCUUUCAUUUCUAUGACGGAGGUUCAAUUCCUUCAUCAUAACGAAUAUAGUACGUCACCUAUGUCAUGUGUGAGAAGAGUGCCUCCAGGAGACUCAAAUCCUGCUCAACCUAAAAGGAACAGCCAAUACUGGCCCUCUAGGAAGAACAGUUUAGAACUGAUAGAGCUACAGUAUCUAGUAUAAAUAAAGUUAGUUUAGUUUAGGUUUCCUCCUGUAGUAACACUGGAUCAAUAAGAGGUGAUCCUUACUGGACCUCUAGGAAGAACAGUUUAGAAUUGAUGGAACUAUGCAGUAUAAAUAAAGUUAGUUUAGUUUAGGUUUCCUCCUCUAGUAACACUGGAUCAAUAAGAGAUGAUCCUUACUGGACCUCUAGGAAGAACAGCUUAGAACUGAUAGAACUAUCCAGUGUAAGUUUAAUCAUAGGUUUAGUUUAGCCAAAACCCAUACCAUAAAUGUAAGGAUUAAUUAUGAAAAAUUGCUUCCUUUUAUCUCUCCAUAGAUCUAUCCCUUCCCUUCAAGUGAUGGACCACACGCUAUUUCUACAGACAUUACAGCAAUACAAUAAAUGCGAGCAAAGACUAGGAAGAUAGCAUUGGCCAGUGGACAAUAUAAUAUCAUUUUCUCAAUUCAUUCAUAUUUAACGCAAAGGAUUUACGAACAUUAAAAAUGGGAGCAUAUAACGUUGGGUUGGGUUUUAAAAAUAAUUAAAAUUAUAUGGAUAGGAAAAUUACAUGACCCCAAAAUCCAUAAAAUUCCAAAAUCGCGCUAAGGAUGCUGGGAUGGUAUACAAACAUUGAUUGGACGUUGGUUGUCUAGAGAGUAGAUGUUCUUUGUGAACAGACCCGCAACACAAGCGAAAUGACAAAAAGAUAUCACAACAGUGUGAACUGCAGAAAUAAAACAUUUUAACUCAUGCAUAAUAAAACAUACGCAAGAUCCGUGGCAAAUUAUGAAACAGAUACCAGGCGCAAAAUUCUCACAAUGAAAAGUUUUUUAUUGAACUAUUAUUAGUAUUGCGGUUAGGGUAAUUUAACUUAAUUCUAAUAAAUAUCUGUCUGGGUUGAAAUUAAGUUGCUCUUCGUUUGUUUUUUAUAAUCAUCGUAUCUUGGUAAUUAAACUGAUAGUCUUUCCGGACAGACAAUCCGCUUCUUCACUGCCACACGCC